AUGGGGGCUCCGCGUCGAAAGCAGCAAGAGCAACACGCGGCGCUCGUAGCGCAGCUCGCGGCUAUUAAGAAGAGUCAGCAGUCAUUGCGUGAGGAUUCUCUUGCGUUUGCCAAGGCACCGGCGGCCCCUGAGAAGGCGGCGGCUCAGCGAUCGCUACGCUCCUUGCGACAGCUUACGCCCGACGUGACCGUCCUUUGUGCGCAGACUGGCGCAGUUGUGGAGCGCGUCGCGAAUGCUAAUGACGUUGCCGAGAAGAUGACGCGAGAGGUGCGACGCCUGGACGUGAUCCAGCUGCGUUUAGGCGAAGCUUUGGAGCAAUCCGCGCAGCUUCUGACGCUGCGUAACGCGCUAGCAGGUAUCCGACGCGCCAUGCAGCAACAGAGGUACCCGGAGGCCGCAACGUUUCUCCAGACACUGAAAAAUAUUGAACAGCAAAUGCCACUGGACGUGGCGGACAAACUGCGAGUGGAUACCAUUGAAAAUGACCUUAAGGCUGUCAUUGAAGGCGCGUUCGAGGAUGGUCUACGAGCUGGUGAUACUCGCCAAGUGCAAACAUAUGCGCCGUUGUUUAAGGUGGUGAGUAAGGACUACGAAAAACAUGGUCUGGUGAUGUUACUGGACCAUGUACAGAAGACACUGGAGCAGACGUUGAAGGGGGAAAGAGAUCCACGAGUUGGGGUCUUCAGUACUCAGGAACUCAUCACUCACCUUGCGGAGGUGUUUAAUCAGGUGGCACAAGAAGCACAACAACAUGCUGGUCUGCUGUCGCAGUGUUUUGAGAGAGUUUAUGGCCCAAAUCGAUUCGUGGCGACGUUGUAUACGUUGGGAGAGCAGUCGGCGGUCGCAGUGUUGAACGCGUACAUGGUACAGCGUAAAUUUCACGAACGGAUUACGAACGGAGAGCAGCUAGAAUCGCCGGUUUCAACUAACGUCACCCCGCUAUCGCCGUCAAAUCGGAGUGGCAGUACUCGAGGGUUGCAAUCUGCACCUUUAAGUCCCAAAGAUGAUGGUGUCGCUGUCAUGAACGAACAACUGAAUGAAAUGGCGCUGGUCAUUCAACACACGCAGACAUACGAGCGGUUCAUGCGCUCAAGGGUGGUUGAAUUGGGGAGAACUGUCCAGGAACUGGCAGGUCUCUACUGCUUCUUCGAGAAUGCACUGUUGAACCAGGCUGCUCGGAAAGCAUUUCAGUGGGAAGAGCUUCACUUUUCAUCCGGCGACGGGAGCUCUGGAGGUGCUGAGCUUGGUGGAAUCGACAGCGACGAUGGAAUGGCGUGCUUUCCUAUCUCAUCGGCUGUUGAUGAAAUCUUUUACGUGGCACGUAACUCUGGAUUGCGAGCUUUGGCAACUGGCCAUGUCGACUGUGCUGCUGGCGUUCUCAACAUGAUUAAUACGGUGCUACGUGAUGUCGUUGGAGACACGAUGCGAAGCCGUAUUCGACAUAUGACAACAGCAGCCAAGAUGGACAGUGCAGCAGGAGCGGAUGCUGCGAGCUUGUUGGCCGCAUCCUCUGCGCAGUUACGUGAUCAGAUGCAGCAGCAGUUUGCCAAGCUCAGCAAAACUGUUGGACCUGUGGGUGGCGCUAAUACUGGGGAUAAUGCUGGUCAAACACCAGAGCAGCGAAAGGAACACACUCCUGAUGUCACGCUUAACAGUUUGGAGGUUACCUCGGGAUACAUCGCACAAUUGAAGGGCGAGUUCGAGCGCGAGCUGCCCGAAGCCUUCCCGGAGGUACCGCAGCACAUUAUGACUUGUCUAAAUGCGCUCGAAGACGCAUCAGCAGAGCUCAAACAGCUUCUUCUAGCGUCAAGAAAAAAGCUGCUCAAGCUCUUGGAGCCUAAAAUUGCCACUUAUCUAAACAGUUUGCUGUCAUCGUCGGCAUCUUCUGCAGCCUCAGCUUUGGCUGCUUCCGCCACUGCUCUUUCGUCCGCUGGAGCUUCAUCGUCGCGACGCAAUCCUGUCCGGUAUGAACUCACAGAGGCCAUGUUCACAUUCAACGAGGCCAACGAUCCGUUCGCCCAUGCUUUUGUACGUGGGCUUCGCUCCCUUCUGACCGCUUUUCGCGGGAAUCUCUCGCGCAGCAACUACCGUGCUAUCGUUCAAGGGGUGGCUUUGUACUCUGCUACUCAACUUGAGUCUUGGUUCCUCUCAAAGGCGACACGGGUAAACCAGCUGGGUGCAUUGCAAUUUGACAAGGAUGUUCGUGUCAUCAGCACAUACCUCAGCGGUGAAGGUGGGGCCGGUGAAGAAGUACGCGAGGCAUUUGCGACCUUAACGCAACUAUCCGAGGUGUUGAAUGCGGACUCUCCGCAAGAUGUACUGGACGUGUACGGUCGACGACGUCGUGGUGUAGCGUGGUCACUACCAGCUGCGCGAGUCAAGGAAAUACUUUCACGUCGUGUCGAAUUUGCUGAUGCGUCAAUCAAUAAGCUGGUACUGAAGUGA